UUCUUGUAGUCAUGUCUAAUUUUUGGAGUCGUCAUGUUUCUGCAAUGUUUGCACCAGCUCUGCCUCCUUGCUCUGUGCAGCAGUUCUCAGGAGGAUUGCUUCCACCUGUGCUCCCGACAUUUUAAGCAGCUCUCUGUCAGACAAACAUUGCCAGAUUUUCGGGAGCCUUUGUGUGAGUAGUAUCCAGCGGUCCUUCCUUGCCUGAUCUGACCUCGUUUUGAUUCACGGAUUUCCCUGCUCUGCCUUGCCCACAUCGUAUACUUCAUUGGCUUCUGCUUUCUGGACUAACGACCUUGCUUCUGCCUCCUGACCAACCCUCUCUGCCUAACCCUUGGAUCCGUAUGCCUGAAUCUGCCUCUCCGUUCAUGACCUCACUUCUAUGCCCCCAACCCACGAUUCAAGCCUCUCCCUCGGAUCCUGUCUCCUGAUUCUGUCCUCCCGGCUCUGACCCUGUUUCUGUCCCCGACCACCGCCUUCUGCUCAGUCACUGGGUUUGCAAACCUGACAGCCAGUGUGACGUUGCCCUGCUGCCUCCUGAUGAUCACACUGAGGAGCCGAAAUUCAGUGUCCUGAUCCCUUUCACGGAUUCUGAGAAGGUCAAAGUCAAGAUGUCGGUAAGCAACCACGAAAACCGAAAGUCUCGCUCCAGCUCCGGCUCCAUGAACAUCCAGCUUUUUCACAAGACGUCGCACGCCGAUAGCCUGUUGACUCAGCUCAAUCUGCUACGCAAGCGAAGAGUCUUCACCGAUGUCGUACUAAAAGCCGGCAACCGCUCCUUCCCAUGCCACCGGGCUGUCCUGGCCUCCUGCAGUCGCUACUUCGAGGCCAUGUUCAGCGGCGGGCUCCGGGAGAGCCGCGACGAUGACGUCAACUUCCACGACUCCCUCCACCCGGAAGUACUGGAGCUCCUACUGGACUACGCCUACUCGGCCAGAGUCAUCAUCAACGAGGAGAAUGCCGAGUCUUUACUCGAAGCUGGCGACAUGCUUCAGUUCCACGACAUACGGGACGCAGCCGCGGAGUUUCUGGAGAAGAACCUCCACCCGUCCAACUGUCUGGGGAUGAUGCUGCUGUCAGACGCCCACCAGUGCCAGAGGCUGUAUGAGCUGUCUUGGAGGAUGUGCCUGGCGAACUUUGCUACUCUCUUCAGAACAGAGGACUUCCUUAGACUGCCCAAAGAUAAAGUCCAAGAGCUGAUCCUCAGUGAGGAGCUGGAGGUGGAAGACGAAAGCCUGGUGUAUGAGGCCGUCAUCGACUGGGUGAAGGCGGACAUGGAGCGGCGGCACAGCGAGUUGCCUGACCUGCUGCGCUGCGUGCGCCUGGCUCUACUGCCCGAAUCCUAUCUGCUGAAGAACGUCGCCUCAGAGGAGUUAGUGAUGUGCCACAAAGUAGGCCGGGAGAUCGUAGAAGACGCCGUGCGGUGCAAGAUGAGGAUCCUGCAGAACGACGGCAUCGUGACGGGGUUCUGCGCUCGGCCCAGAAAAGUGAGCCAGGCCUUGCUGCUUCUGGGGGGACAGACUUUCAUGUGUGACAAAGUCUAUGUGAUUGACAACAAGACCAAGGAGAUCACCCCCAAAACAGAUAUCCCAAGCCCCAGGAAAGAGUGCAGUGCUUGUGCUAUUGGUUGUAAGGUUUAUGUUACUGGAGGCCGCGGGUCUGAGAACGGAGCCUCCAAGGAUGUCUGGGUCUACGACACAUUGCACGAUGAGUGGUCAAAAGCGGCGCCGAUGCUGGUAGCAAGAUUCGGGCAUGGCUCUGCAGAGCUCGACCACAUCCUCUACGUAGUGGGAGGACACACAUCUCUUGCGGGAUCCUUUCCGGCGUCUCCGUCUGUGUCUCUGAAACAGGUUGAACAGUACGACCCACAGAGCAACAAGUGGACCCUGGUCGCUCCGCUAAGGGAAGGCGUGAGCAAUGCUGCAGUUGUUGGCGCCAAAAACAAACUCUUUGCUUUUGGAGGCACCAGCGUAAACAGAGACAAAUACCCCAAGGUGCAGUGCUUUCACCCCUGCCAGAACCGGUGGUCGGUACCGGCCGCGUGUCCGCAGCUGUGGCGGUACACAGCAGCGGCCGUCGUCGGCAACCACGUCGUUGUAAUUGGAGGCGACACAGAGUUUUCAGCCAGCUCUGCGUACCGGUUCAACAGCGAGACGUACCAGUGGUCCAAGUUUUGCGACGUGACAGCCAAGCGGAUCAGCUGUCACGCCGUGGCGUCGGGGAACAGACUGUAUGUGGUGGGAGGCUACUUCGGGGCUCAGAGGUGCAAGACCUUAGACUGUUACGAUCCGUCAUCGGACUCCUGGGACAGUGUGACCAGUGUGCCCUACUCACUCAUUCCUACUGCCUUCGUCAGCACAUGGAAGUACCUGCCUUCUUAGAGAUGCAGGCUCUGCAAGGUUUCUGGAUGAGCUGCAAUGUCUGGCAUGCAGGCAUAUGUCUGUCUGCUGGCUCCGAGCAGGAGGAAGACGAUUAAGAUGAAGAAGGGGUUUGUGUCUUCUCGUUGGGGCUCCGUCCUCUCUGAUGGGUCUGCAGAGGAGCAAAGGUUUGGAAACAGCCCAGAGACUGAAAGUCUGCAGCCUCACCCCCCCCC